UAAAAUGAUGGUUGUGUUGUGACAGUUUCAUUUUUAUAUCAUCAUUAACUACGGACAUUGAACAGGCUUGGAAUGUGUGUAAAUGUAUUUUAAGGCACUUCUGGCAAUAAGACAUUCUGGUGUUUUUAGUAUCAUUAUAAUAUUAUUUUUUUUGUUGAGCUACACUUGUAUUGCAGAUAAAUCCAAUGAAGACUUUGUGUUAUGUGACAAUAAUCCAUUGUUUGCAAGUAGGUCUUUCCUAAAAGUAACACACUGCAAUUUGAUAUAAAAAAAGACAUCUGGUCUGAUCUGCAUCUGACACACAGGCAUCUAAAUAACAGUCAACAUUAGAGUCAUCAGGUCUUUGGACUGUGAAAAAAAAGCAGAGAGCAACAAUGUGUGAAUUCUAGAUCAUCUGGUUGUGAAGCGACGGCCCAGUGUUACAGUAGCUGCUGCAUCACUGUGUGUCUUGUGCAAGUUCCUCUUUUAUAUAAUGUGAACAAGAACUUCACAUUGAAAUUACAGUAUAUAAACACUGUAAACACAGAGUGAGAAAAGAGAAGGUUAAGGAGAGAAACAGCUCUUUAAAUAUUUUAAACAUACUAAUAUUUUUAUAUUUGUUUCUAAUACAUUUUGAUAAAACUCCAAAGAACCAUCUACCACAUUUGUGCCACAAUUUUUUUUAACCCUCACUUCCUCUUUUAUUUUUUUAUAUAUGUCGUCUAUGUUUAGAUGGUGUCAUCACAGUUACGCUCUUAAAAUAACGUAUCUGUCUAAACAAUUUUAACACUGUAUGUUUCUUCACAUUUGCCAUAACCAUUAGUACAAGUUGAUUGCUUUCCUUUUUCCUUCAACUGAAGGCUUUAGAUGACGAGGUUAUGUGGAGGAAGGCGGGAUGACUUUUAGAAACAGAGCAGUGGUGAAGUCAUUUUUAGUUUUGAAUAAUAAAACAUGAGCUGUCGCUCCUAUUUGUUUGUUGGUUAAUUCUUCAUUUUUAAUGUUGGUUCUUUUUGAGAGCUCUCUUCUUUUUUGCUGUUCUCUGCUUAAAGAACGACAGCAACAUAAGUCACAUCAUAUUUCACAGCAUUAACUUGUAAACACAACUGUUAGAAUGUAAACAGUAAUUACUGUAAUACUGUAGGGACUAUUUAGUAUCAUGUCGACCUUAAUGAGCUGAAUUACAAACCUGUUACAGUGAAUGUGUGAAACGUUCCAUGUAAUUGUUUCUGCUCGUCUUAAAGUGAGAUGGCUGCAGCUCUGAUCCUCCUUUUCGCUGUCUGUCUCCUGCCAGGUUCUCUGUGUAGAGAGUUUAAGGUCAUUCUGCCGCAGACGAUUGAAGUUUUGAACGGAUCUUGUGUGACCGUUCCGUGCUCCUUUGACAUAGAAGAGACAUAUGAUGAAAAAUUAGAUCACACAUGUACGGCAAAAUGGUUAAUUAAUAAAGAAACUGUGUUUAAUCGUAAAACUGCAAGUCCAGAGGAAGGAAAACUCUUAGGAAACUUGACUAACAAAGACUGCACCACAACCUUUAAUAAGACACCAUCUGAUGACGCAACAUAUGAGUUUAGACUGAAAUGUCAGAUUCUCAUUUAUUCAUUUACUGAACCAACUGUGACUAUUGUAGCCAAAGCUGAUCCUCCACGUCCGACUCUCAGUCCAUCUACACUGGAGGUGAGAGCAGGAGCCUCAGUGACUCUGAGCUGCUCGGCUCCAGCUCCCUGUCUGUCUCUACCUCCACAUAUAACGUGGACCUCUGGCCUCGGGGACAGUCAGGAGACAAUGAAGGAGCUGGAGGACAAAACUCAGGUCAAGACGUCUGUACUGAACGUCACCAUUUCACGCCUGCAUCACAAAAAGGAAAUCUCCUGUACGGCCGCCUACAGCAAAGGAAAUGGAGACACAGCGUCAGCAGUGUCAGCUUUAACAGCUGUGGUUUCAUUUCCUCCACAGAUCCUGGACUCAUCUAUUUGCACCACAACUCCAUCAGAGGUCACCUGCUCCUGUGAGACUGAGGGCAACCCUCUCCCCACGGUUUACUGGUAUCUGGAUGGAACACGUCUCAGUCACUCUGACACAUUUACAAUAAGCACAGAGGCUCAUGGUGAUACAGGCCUGAAGAGCAUCAUCACUGUAUGUCAGUCGGACAUGAAGCAUCGUUCCAUCUUGGUCUGCAACAGCUCCAACUCUCUAUCCUCCAUAAGCCAACGUUUAUAUAACAACAGCUAUAAGGAGCAAGGUUUGUGUUCUUUGUGUAGAGAGUUUAAGGUCAUUCUGCCGCAGACGAUUGAAGUUCUAAACGGAUCUUGUGUGACCGUUCCGUGCUCCUUUGACAUAGAAGAGAAAUAUGAUGAAGAAAUAGAUCACACAUGCGUCCCACCAGCUGAUCCUCCACGUCCGACUCUCAGUCCAUCUACACUGGAGGUGAGAGCAGGAGCCUCAGUGACUCUGAGCUGCUCGGCUCCAGCUCCCUGUCUGUCUCUACCUCCACAUAUAACGUGGACCUCUGGCCUCGGGGACAGUCAGGAGACAAUGAAGGAGCUGGAGGACAAAACUCAGGUCAAGACGUCUGUACUGAACGUCACCAUUUCACGCCUGCAUCACAAAAAGGAAAUCUCCUGUACGGCCGCCUACAGCAAAGGAAAUGGAGACACAGCGUCAGCAGUGUCAGCUUUAACAGCUGUGGUUUCAUUUCCUCCACAGAUCCUGGACUCAUCUAUUUGCACCACAACUCCAUCAGAGGUCACCUGCUCCUGUGAGACUGAGGGCAACCCUCUCCCCACGGUUUACUGGUAUCUGGAUGGAACACGUCUCAGUCACUCUGACACAUUUACAAUAAGCACAGAGGCUCAUGGUGAUACAGGCCUGAAGAGCAUCAUCACUGUAUGUCAGUCGGACAUGAAGCAUCGUUCCAUCUUGGUCUGCAACAGCUCCAACUCUCUAUCCUCCAUAAGCCAACGUUUAUAUAACAACAGCUAUGAGGAGCAAGGUCAAGUGACAAUAACAACCAUCAUCAGAUUAGUUGUUUGGUUUUUACUAUCGUGUGCUCUGCUCCUGAUUGGUAUCAGUUACAGUAAACAAUUAAAUGUUCUUACACCUACACAGCAAUAGUUCACUUUUAACCCAGUGAGAAUAAAAACCUUCCGCUGAUACUGAGGCAAUGCUAAAUGUUACUGAUGCUGCUUUGAUGCUAAAUGUUACUGAUGCUGCUUUGUAAACUAGUUCUUGUCAUGCUUUAAUCAGGCAGGAGGUCAUAGACAGCUUUACAGAGCAGACGUUAUUCCACAAGGGGGCGUUUCUGUCUCUACAUCAAGUGAAAUCUGAAGACAGGGGUAAUUUAUGCGAAAAUAAUCCAAACCAAACAAACAGAUGUUCUUCAUCCUACAAGCGCUGCAGCCACUGGAAGAUUAGAAAAGAAUGAAGAUGGGAAUGAUGUGAUUUACUCGACUGUGAUCUUCUGACCAGCAGCUCAAACGCAAUGGGGGCGGAAAUUGAAAGAAGAACGAUGUAGAACAAAGUUUAAUUUUCAUAUUCUCAGGUGAAGCACUGUGAUCCUUCAUUUUUACUAUUAGAUCUGCUGUGUUUGGAAAAUAAAAAGGCAAAGGUAA